AUGUCUUCCUUCUCCAACGCCGACACGGGCAGCAAGCCCGCCGACCCCUACACCGAGAAGAACUACCAAGAGCCCAGCCUGAAGGAGAAGGUGGACGACCUUGCCGCCUUCGUCGACAAGUGCAAGUUCUGCAUGAUGACCACCAAGACCCAAGACGGCCUGCUCGCCAGCAGGUGCAUGGCGCUUGCCGCAAAGGAGGGCCACGGCAUCGACUACAUCUUCCACACCAACACCGAGUCGGGCAAGACCGACGACCUCGCGGCCAACUCCUCCAUCAACCUCGGCUUCCUCAACAGCUCCGGCGAAUGGGCCAGCAUUUCGGGCACCGCGAGCGUGGAAACCGACCGCGAGAAGGUCAAGACCUACUACUCGCCUGCGCUCAAAGCGUGGCUCGGCGAUCUGGGCGAUGGUACCCACGACGGCGGACCAGAGGACCCCAGGAUCGGGCUCAUCAAGAUCACGAGCGAGACGGCGCAGUAUGCUGUCUCGGGCAAGACGAUGAUCGGGAGCGCGAUUGAGGUCGCCAAGGGCGUGAUGACGGGCGAGGCGCCGGCGGUGAAUAAGCUGAGGCAUUUGAGUGAGAGCGAGCUGAAGCAGGCGCGCGAGGGUGGGGCUGAGUAG